AUGGAGUACGAACGGCGACUUGAAGCGGCGGCCAAAAUCAUACUCGCGGAGGAUUCGAAAGCAAGCUAUGCGCCUCCGGAUUGCAGAGAAUUCGGGGUCACGGCGACUCUAAAGCCUCACCAAGUCGAAGGAGUCUCUUGGCUUAUACGAAAAUAUCUACUCGGCGUCAAUGUCGUUCUCGGUAGGUCUUCGAUUUCGUUUUAA